ACAAAGCAUCCCCGGAAGCUUCAACUCUGGAGGCGAUGGGUCGGAAGGAAGAAGAUGACUGCAGCUCCUGGAAGAAACAGACGACCAACAUCCGGAAAACCUUCAUCUUCAUGGAGGUGCUGGGAUCAGGAGCUUUUUCGGAAGUUUUCCUGGUGAAGCAAAGGGUGACUGGGAAGCUCUUCGCCCUGAAGUGCAUCAAGAAGUCACCGGCAUUCCGGGACAGCAGCCUCGAGAAUGAGAUCGCUGUGCUGAAAAAGAUCAAGCAUGAAAACAUCGUGACCCUGGAGGACAUCUAUGAGAGCGCCACUCACUACUACCUGGUCAUGCAGCUUGUUUCCGGUGGGGAGCUCUUUGACCGGAUCCUGGAGCGGGGUGUCUACACAGAGAAGGACGCCAGCCUGGUGAUCCAGCAGGUCUUGUCAGCUGUGAAAUACCUCCACGAGAAUGGAAUCGUCCACAGAGACUUAAAGCCUGAAAACCUGCUGUACCUCACCCCUGAAGAGAAUUCUAAGAUCAUGAUCACAGACUUUGGUCUGUCCAAGAUGGAACAGAGUGGUGUCAUGUCCACUGCCUGUGGUACCCCAGGCUAUGUUGCUCCGGAAGUGUUGGCCCAGAAACCCUACAGCAAAGCUGUGGAUUGCUGGUCCAUUGGCGUCAUCACUUACAUAUUGUUGUGUGGGUAUCCUCCUUUCUACGAAGAAACUGAGUCUAAGCUUUUUGAGAAGAUCAAAGAAGGCUACUAUGAGUUUGAGUCUCCAUUCUGGGAUGACAUUUCUGAGUCAGCCAAGGACUUUAUUUGCCACUUGCUGGAGAAAGACCCGAGUGAGCGGUACACCUGUGAGAAGGCCCUGAGGCACCCCUGGAUUAACGGGAACACAGCCCUCCACCGGGACAUCUACCCCUCAGUCAGCCUUCAGAUCCAGAAGAACUUUGCCAAGAGCAAGUGGAGGCAAGCCUUCAACGCAGCCACCGUGGUGCACCACAUGAGGAAGCUGCACAUGAACCUGCACAGUCCCGGCGUCCGCCCCGAGAUGGAGAACAGGCCUCCCGUCACGAAAGCCUCAGAAGCUUCGAGACCCAGCUCCCCUGAGAUCACCAUUAUUGAAGCCCCCGCCCUGGACCAGAGCGUGGCCCUCCCUGCCCUGACCCGGCUGCCCUGCCAGCAUAGCCUCCGGCCCACAGCUCCUGGAGGCAGGUCCCUCAACUGCCUGAUCAACGGCUCCCUCCGCAUCAGCAGCAGCCUGGUGCCCAUGCAGCACGGGCCCCUGGCGGUGGGGCCCUGUGGCUGCUGCGCCAGCUGCUUGAGCAUCGGGAGCAAAGGGAAGUCCUCCUACUGCUCUGAGCCCUCACUCUUCAAAAAGGCCAACAAAAAGAACUUCAAGUCCGAGGUCCUGGUGCCCGUCAAAGCCAGCGGCAGCUCCCACUGCCGGGCGGGGCAGACUGGAGUCUGUCACAUUAUGUGAUCCCUGUGUCACUGCAGCUUUCAGGUGAGGGGACUAGAGGCAGGAGGGCUGGGCGGGGAGCCUGGUGGGGGAGCUUCUAUCCCAGGAGGAAAGCCCCAUCCCAGAGUCUGAAUAAUAGGGUCUGAGGGGUGCCAGCAGGGCACCCCCACUCCACCCUGCACCCUUUCCUCUGCAGGAGAGAUGGCCAACUCUUCUCUGCCCUUCCGAACCUGGGUCUACUCUGCAGCAGGAGGAGGGGAGCAAGCGGGGCAAGGCGUGGCAGGAGCAAUUUCUGGUCAGAAGCAGCCAACUGCUUCCGCCUGGGGCAGCCCCUCACGCAGGCCCAGGCGUGAGCCUCCGGAUAACAAGGCCUCUGAAGCUGUGGGCAGGAGGAACGGCACCCGCCGGCUUCCAGGUCGCCCCGGCCUGCUGCUCUGUGCCCCGCUCCCCACGUGCCGUGGCUCUGUGCAGUGUGCGUAGGUAGCUCUUGCCCAGGUCUGUGUUGUGUGUCUUGAAAAGCUUAACAGGCUGGCCAGGCUGUGUCACCCUCAGAGCAAAGCCAUAAGGAGCAUCUACCCAGACUCCCCACUCAGCACUCACUCGCUCCUGCCUCUCAGGCCUCCAUCCCUGUGGCCAGGAUGGGCUCACCAGUGUAGUCGCCUGCCCAUCCCAUCCGCAUGAAUGACGGGCAGCUGGGCGGUCUGUCUGUGCGCUCUCCAGGGAAUUUCUAACUCCAGGAUUGGCUCCUCACUGUGCCGAGACCCCCAGCCCACCCCAGCCCACUUCUGAGCCAGCUCCCUCCCCGCCCCAGUCCAAAGGCAAUGCCACACCCUCCAAGAUGAUACAGGAAGAAAACCAUGACUAAGUACUGUAAGGAGUAAUAUCCUGGCCAGAUGCCCUCCGCACACACCCAAUUAAGUAAAAACUGGAAGUUGACUGUUUUCA